CGCGCUUCCGCUUCAGCUCUUCCUGUGUGUAACAGCGCGGAGUCGCAGACCGCAGUCAGAAUGUUAUUCAUCAGUAACAGGGUUAAACUGUGUUCGCUGGCGUUCACCGCGGCGCGCAUGUACGCCACCGGAGGUCAAGCCAACAACAACCCGGUGGUGUUCUUCGACAUCGCGGCGGAUAACGAACCUCUCGGUAGAGUCACCUUCGAAUUGAAUGCGGAUGUUGUGCCCAAAACAGCAGAGAACUUCCGAGCUCUGUGCACCGGUGAACACGGAUUCGGAUACAAAGGCUCGAUCUUCCACCGAGUGAUCCCACAGUUCAUGUGUCAGGGAGGAGACUUUACGAAUCACAAUGGAACUGGAGGAAAGUCCAUCUACGGUCCGAGGUUUCCAGAUGAGAACUUCAGACUGAAACACACCGGACCAGGUAUCCUGUCGAUGGCUAACGCCGGACCCAACACCAACGGAUCGCAGUUCUUCAUAUGCACCGCUAAAACAGAGUGGCUGGACGGGCGGCACGUGGUGUUCGGCAGCGUUAAAGACGGGAUGGAUGUGGUGAGGAAGGUGGAGGCGCUCGGCUCUCGCUCGGGAAGAACCGCUAAGAGAAUCAGCAUCAGCGACUGCGGCGUACUCGAGUAGAGUCCGUGUCGUUUCUAUUGUCCUGCUGCAGAUGCAUUCAGAAGAGCCUCGAGCUCCACAAUGUGAAACAUAGACACUUUUGGGUUUAA